CUAGUUUAUUUUGUUUAUUGACUAUCUGAAAUUCAGCAAUAAAGGUUUUUGAUUUCAGAAGGAAGCGUGACAGGAUUUUCCCAAUACGGACAAAGCUCUGUUUUACCCUAUUUCAUCAAAACAUUGGCCAAAAUUCACAGAUUUGCUUGGACUGCAAGAAAAAUAUUGCAUCAUGGUGCCAUUGCUCCGACCCAAUCUGACCCGCACGCUCUACCGGUCCUUCCGACUUGGUACCAGUACUUGAAUUGGACAGUUCGUGGAACGAAGGUGACGGAGGUGGGUGUCCGCCGCUCAACUGAAAGACGGGGAGAGCAGCGAUGAUAGCGCCGCCCGCCCCCCCCGCCGCUCCUCCUCCUCCUCCUUCCUUCGUGAGCCGGGCAGAGUCAGCACACCACCGACUCUACGAGUUCGCGAAGACUGCCCUUAUCAAGAUUUUCGUCUUCCCCUACGCCACCGUCUGUGACUUGUACUGCGGCGGUGGCGCAGACACCGACAAGUGGGACGAAGCCCAGAUCGGGCACUACAUAGGAAUCGAUGCCUCAACGUCCGGCAUCAGCGAAGCUCGCGAGGUAUGGGAGAGCCAGAGGAAGCCUUACACCGCUGAGUUCUGUGAAUUGGAUCCUUCUGUUGAAAAUUUAGACUCAUCUUUGCAAGAUAAGGGUAUCCCAGCGGAUAUUGUUUGCUGUUUGCAGCAUUUGCAUCUAUGUUUUGAAAACGAGGAAAGAGCAAGGAGCCUGCUACAUAACGUAUCAUCUUUGCUUAAACCAGGGGGAUAUUUUUUUGGCAUAACUCCUGACUCAUCUACCAUAUGGACAAAAUAUCAGAAGAAUGUCGAAGCUUCGCAUGGUAAAGGAAGUGGUCUGAAGCCAAACACAGUUCCAAAUUGCAUACGUUCAGAGAACUAUGUCAUUACAUUUGAAGUUGAGGAAGAGAAGUUUCCUUUAUUCGGGAAGAAAUAUCAACUGAAAUUUGCUAAUGACAUAACUUCUGAGACCCAUUGCUUAGUCCACUUUCCAAGCCUAAUCAGGUUAGCUAGAGAAGCAGGUUUGGAAUAUGUGGAGAUGCAAAAUUUGACCGAGUUUUAUGAUGAUAACAGAGCACAAUUUGCAGGAAUGCUUUUCAGUUAUGGUGCAAAUUUUGUAGAUCCUCGAGGAAAGCUUCUUGCUCGUUCCUAUGACUUGUUAGGUUUAUAUUCUAUAUUUGUAUUUCAGAAGCCUGACCCUGAUGUUGUCCCCCCCAUUAUGACUCCCAUGUUGCAGGAUGGAAAUCAUGCCCAUGAAGAACAGCAUGAAUGGAUAGGGAGCAGCUGGAGGCAGCAGAUACCGGCUGAUGAAGAGAAACCCGGGCAUGCAGACCCAUCUCUUGGUCCUAGCGGUAUCCCCGUGGAGCAUGAGAAAGGUAUCUUGGGCCCUGGGCCUGCUGAUUUAAGGUUUCAAGAGCCAUUCUAGUCUGGUAGGACUGAUUUGGAUGUGGCAUAAACACGUGAUCUGGUUUGUUCACUACAUGACAGUCCAAAUGUUCCAAUACGUUUGCUUUACAUGACAUCUCCUGAUUAAGAGUUGAAUACAUGGUUAGCUGUUGGUUUAUUUUACUUCAUUAGCCCGAGGACUGUCAGGGCAUUACUCAAUAGCUGCAAUAUGUUUCUUCUAGGUCUAAGUGCAAGAACCGUUAAUUUCAGUAAGAAUAUUACAAUUCAUGUUUUGCUUUGAAAAU